UUCCAGAAAUGUCAUUCAAUGGUGGAGUGAAGUGCAGCAACUGUGUGAAAUUUUGCUAAAAAACAGCAUUUUUCUGGUUCGUGUUGGUGCAGAAAAUGGAUAAAAACUUCGAUGGAGACUCUGUGCUCAAUGUCCAGGCAAAGCAGAAGGCAUCGGUGAAGUGGCUACUGUCGAAGGCGUACAACAAUCAAGUUCCAGUGCAUCUGAAGGAGCCCUUCUAUCGUGAUAUUUCGGGCAUUGAGCAGCUCAAGCCACAGAUUGUCAUUGGAUUGGGCAAUGCAUCCCUCUACUGUCAGACACUGUCGAAUUUGUACUCAGAUCCCAACUAUCAGAACCUCAAUCAUGGCACAAUUCUGCAGAUUCUUAUCAGAAAGUGUGUCCUGCAACCCGAUAAUUCCGAUACUCCGCUUACAGAGACGAUUCUCAUUCAGACAAAUCCACUCAAGACGAAAGCGCACAUGGUGUUGAUAGAGUCGCUGAUGGCGCUCUAUAUCAAGGAAGUGGGGACAUUCGAGAGGAUCUCAAGUGCUGUGUCGCGAAUUACGGGCCGAUCGCUGGUGCCCGAGGGUCAGCAAGGAUAUCAGGAUCCGCUGUUGGCGUGGGUGGCGCACGUGUGUUUGGCGUUGAAGCAGCGCAUUGAUGCCGAAAGUGGGGGACAGAAGGUGCAGGAGCUGGAACAGUGGUUUGGGAAAAAACCCUUCCUCGGUGACUACAACGAUUUGUCCGAUGGGGUCUGUCUGGCUUUCCUCAUCUCCUACUACUGCCCCAAACUCGUGCCCUGGCACUCCAUUCGGGUCAACUAUAUUCCCACUGUGGAAGAUUGCAUCUACAAUAUGCACAUUGUCAGUAGUUUCUGCCAGCAGCAUCUGCCAUAUUCGGUCUAUCAUAUGAUCCCCGAGGAUAUUGCCUACAUCAAGGGGACUAUGAAGCAAAAUCUGCAGGUUUUUGUGGCGGAUCUUUUCAAUUUAUUUGAAAUUCAUCUCGUCAAUUGCAUCACACAUCCGGAUUUUGAAAAGGACAAGUUGGCUUCAAUAAAUGAACAUGGGGUCACCCUUCGAAGAGGACUAACCAACCACCCUACAGUAAUCACGAUUCCUGAGUUGAGAAGCAACUUAGAUUCUGCUUUUAUCACAACGACCACAAAACCGCAUUCUUCAGGCUCUCGAAUAGCAUUGUCUCCGCCACUAGCGAGGCAAUCGUCGAAGACUGAAACUGAUUCUCUAGAUAGUGCCUAUGUUGUUCACCGAAGUCGUCCUGUUCCAACGCUCACAUCGAUCCACCAUGAAGCCUCUCCUCCGCCUCCUCCCACGGCGGCUGAACGAACAUCUCUUGUGGUAUCAUCAAAUGAAAGCCAUCGUGGUCAGAAUCAGUACUAUGGUGGCGAGGAGAGGCACAGCAUUGAUGCUGUCCCAGCUGGACGGCCUAGCAAUUGGGAUGAACAUCGGAAGCAAUCAUUUGCUGGACGUCGAUCACGCAAGAAUUCCCUCUCAGAUGAGUCUCAGUUGACCAUUGAGAAUUUUGGGGGAUCACAGGAGCACCUCAAUCACUUUUUCCGUGCUGAGAGGGAACAGAGAGCAUCACCGGGAUCGUCUAUUGGGGAGCCGGCGGUGCCCGUGAGGUGCUCCAUUCAGGAUGCCAGGGGUACAUUCCAGAUUGGGUAUGAUGGUGGGGAUGAGGGUGGUUUGGUGGCUAGAGAUGAAAUUCGACGGAGUAACAGUGUGAAGGCACAGGAGAGAAUUGUCUACAAGGACAUUCAGUUUUCGCCAGAAAAUCGAUUUGCUGUGCAGAAGAACAAGAUUAAUAGUUUCUUCAUUAACAACAAUUCCGCUGAGAAUAAUGGCGGUACAACGACUACGUGGCAACAGCAAAAGACCCAGUGGCAACAGAUGGAGGAUCAGGGAGAGAAUCAGGCAAUGGGAGAUGAAGGAAUUGAUGAUAGGAAAUUGCUGUCGAUUAGGUCACUCAUGGAGGAGAAACGACGACACAUUGAGACGGAAAAGAGGAAGCAGGAGAUGAGUUUGUCGCAGCAGCACAAGAAAUUGGGCGAAGUUGCCUAUAUGCAAGCGCAAUUUCGCAAAGAGAAUAGUGCUCCUAUGAGACCAGCAUGUUCUCCACCUCCGCCACCACUUCCGGUCACGGCGCCACCAGUGCCAAAAGUGCCAAAUGAUGAUAUGAUGGCGCCACAGAAUAUCAGCUUCCUGGGCGAUGAGGAGGAAGUCGAAGAGAAUUGUGUGGUGAGACAUCGGGAGCCUUUUCACAUUGUCCAGCCAAGGGAGAAACCUGAGGAAUUCUAUUUGACAAAGGUGAAUGUAUCCAAUGGCAAUCAGACGUACCGUUUGCCAACUCCUGGACGUACAAGUUUGACAUCUCAGACUUUUGCGGAUCAGCGACAGCCGGAGAAGGCUGGAGGUCAAGAGACGGGAUUCUUCAUUGGAUUUGACACUAAUCAACCGAUAAAACCUAAGCCAAUGCUGCGUACGAGUCAUCCGGAACUGAGGAGGGCAGAAAGGGCAUCUCCUAGACAAACUCCACCGGUUCAAACUCCACCACAGCCAAUGGAGAGGCGAGAGAUUGAGCGAAAGAGUGUUGAGAGGCUCAAUGAGGAGCCCAAAAUCAGUCCAUCGUCCAUUUCUCACAGUGAAAGUCCCAAUAUCUCCCGAAAGGGCGAAUCCCUCCUUCUGGCACUCGAUGACAGUCCACGCACGGAUUCCAGUGUCCUGGAUGAGAUGGAGCGAAAGAAGGAGAAAAUUAUGUUGCUGUCCCUGAAAAGGCGUGAGCAGCAGGAGGAAGUGAAGGCCAGGAAGGAACUGGAGGCAAUGCGGAGGCGUGAGAGAGAAGCUGAAAAGGAGGCCGAGAAGGCACGCAAGAAGGAAGAGAUGGCAAGUCGGCGUCAGCAUAUUUUUGAAGCCUAUAAACUUAAGAAGUCACUGGAGGAGGCGGAACGAGAGGGAAAGAGUUUGGACAAGUCUGAUCUGUUUCUGGCCACGAAGCAAAAAUCCGUGGCCAAGAGAAGUCAGAUGGCUAGACCACGGCCAAAGACCAUUCACAUUGAGAGUGGUAGUAUUGACAUGAAUAACUAUCACGGGAGAACCAGGAAGGAGCACAGCAUGGAUAUUGAUUCUGGUACGGGUAGUAGUUCCAGCAUGAAGAGGGACUUCUCCAGGGAUCAAGAUUCAGCAGGAAAGAGCAGCGUUGGCAAGCAGAGUCCUGUUUCUCGGACAUCAUCAUCAGUAUCUUCCGGAGUUGCGAGUUUCCGUGGCCGAAAGUCCAAUUCCCUCAUGAAUUUAUCGGAUUCAAGUGGCAAUUUGUACCGGCCAGUGGCUCCGAGACGAGCUCAGUCACCAAUGGGACGUCACAUCACAUCACCAUCUGGUCCGGGAUCUCUGCCACCGGGUCUUGUGACGAAACGUCGUGGUUUCGACGAUGGAGCCAGUGAUAUUUCGUCAACGCCAAGCUCCAUCCUCGAAUACUCAGGUCCAAAGUUGUAUAAACAACCAACAGCCAAAUCAAAUCGUGGCAUAAUUCUGAAUGCCGUGGAGUAUUGUGUGUUUCCUGGGAUCGUGAAUCGAGAUGCCAAGCAGAAGUUGCUGGAGAAAAUAGCACGAUCGGAAGCGAAGCACUUUCUUAUUCUCUUCAGAGAUGCCGGUUGCCAAUUUCGGGCACUCUACAGUUUCUAUCCUGAGAGCGAUAGUAUAAUCAAAUUGUGUGGAACGGGACCUAGUCAAGUGGAGGAUGUCAUGUUUGAUAAGUUUUACAAAUACAAUUCGGGAAGCAAAUGUUUCUCUCAAAUUCAUACGAAACAUUUAACUGUAACAAUAGAUGCUUUUACAAUUCACAAUGCCCUUUGGCAGGGCAAAAAGAUCAAUUUGCAGAACAAGAAGGACAUGGUUCUUGUUGUCUGAAGGAAUGGUGAAAGUGAAAAGCGGCCAAGAACAAAAAAAAAAAAACAUAAACAGAACUGAGUUUAAAAAGCUUUUCAAGGUAAGUUUCUCAUUUAGAAACCCAUCACUAAAAUCUUCUUGACUCAAUUUUUAAUUUUAUGCCCAAUUAAUUGAAAACAAAAAAAAAGAAAUAUUGUAUGGUAGAUAUUUCUCCUUGUUCAAUUUCUUUCCCAGAAAAUAAUUGUUAAAUGUAAAAGUGAGAGAGAGAGAUUCUAAAUAGAGUCAUGUCCUUUGUCCUAAUGUGAAGUGAAUCAUAUGAAAUGAUAAAAAAAAAAUGUGAAUGAAAUGGGAACAUUUUUUUGCAAUAUAAUACCGAGAGAUAUAAGAUUCUUUGAAAAAAAAAUGCGCCAAGAAUUUCAAAUGACAUGAAAGUUAUAUAGAACAAAAGAAAUUUGAAUUUCGAGUUUUAAAAAACAAAGAAAAUCACUAAAAAAAAUGAGAAACAUUUUUUAUCGUAGGAAAUAAUUCCAAUUUAUAUUGUUGUAAUUUUUUUUCUUCAAAUUAAUCUCUCUAAUAAUUUAUAUGACAUUUUAUUAUUCCCAAUUUUUCCCCUUUUUUUAAAUUUUAAUAUAGAAAUUACAAGAGAAAAAAUAUUACUCCUCUCAUGAUUUAUUUUUUACUUACAAAGUAAAAUGUGUAAUGUAAUUAAUUACUCUUCUCGACAAUGAACAUUAAUUUUAGUAUCCUCCAAUAAAAAAAAGAAAUAAACAUUUUUUUUUUAAUUUUAUGAAAAUGAUAUUUUGCGGAGGUAAAAAUUGCUAACAUUGAAUUAAUUUUAAGUAAAGAACAAAAAAAAAAGUCGUAAAUAUAUUAAACAAAAAAAACAUUGAAACACUUGAUAGUGAAGCAAGAAAAAACGAUAAAAAGCCAAAAUUUUGUUCCAACUGCCUUUUUUCUAUAAGAAAAAGAAAAACAAGAAAUAAAAUUUAGUGUUGUGAAAGCAGUAAAAAAAAAGAAUGAUAAAAAAUACGGUAGAAAAAAUCAAAAAAAAGACACAAUUUUGAAUUAAAAAUCAUUCGCGGAGUCGCUUUUUUCGUCGUGAUAUAUUUUUUUUUGAAUAAAUUCCCUGGCUCUUUUGUAGUGGUUUCUUUUUUGGACCACUAUUUUUAUUUUAUUAUUUUUUUGAUACGUGUCUGUCUUUUAUUUUGUAUUACUCAAAAAAGAAAUUAUUCCCUUUUGAUGUGCUUUGCCUUGAGAAAUUAAACAAAAAAAAAAAAAGAAAAUAAUUAAGAGAAAAGCGUUAAAGCAAAAAUUACUAACAAAAUUUAUCGUGAAUUGAAAAUAAGAUUGCAAGUUAAUUUGCGGCAUUGUUUUCUUUUUUUUUUAUUUGCAACAACAAAAAAUUAAAGAAAUUGUUGUAAAUAAAAUUAUCUAAUUAAAAAGAAAAGUUAAGAGGGAAAAAAAAUCAAUUGAUAAAAAGUAAAAGAAGAAGAAAUUACUCGAGGAAGAUGAAACUGAAGAUAAAUGAAAAAAAAAUCCACUUCAAAUAAUCCACUAAUUACUGUGAAUAAUAAAUUAAUAAAAUAUAAAAUUACUAUUUUA